AGCGCUCGAGCCCGACGAUCUCUCGCGCUCUCCGUCUGCGUCCGAUCUUCCACACCUCCUCAUCCUCCGGAUCAUCACAGCGCGCGCCCACGAAGAUCCACGAGCUCCGCGCUCGCGCUGCGCCUCACAGGACAAUGGCCCCGAGCUGAGUGCUGCGUGAGAAACUGGAGAGCAAAGAUCAGCGCUAUGAUGGACGUCUCGUCAGUGGACCCUUCUGCUGUAGCAGAGAUCUGGAACAACCUUUCACUCUCAGGAUUCUUCUUCAACGAGACUUUCCCCAACGAGACUUUUUCCAAUGACACGUGCCUCUUCAACGUGUCCAACAGCACCAAUGGAACCUGCGGUGGGAGUCGGCCAGGCGUCGGGGUAGCGGGUAUCCUCAUCCCGCUCAUAUACAUCAUUGUGUGCAUCAUCGGCCUCGGUGGAAACACUCUGGUCAUCCACAUUGUCCUGCACUACUCCAAGACGGAAUCGGUUACAAACAUCUACAUCCUCAACCUGGCCAUUGCUGAUGAGCUGUUUAUGCUCAGCCUUCCCUUCCUGGCCGUCCAGAACGCUAUGAUGUCCUGGCCCUUCGGUUCCUUCAUGUGCCGUCUGGUGAUGACCGUUGAUGGAAUCAACCAGUUCACCAGCAUUUUCUGCCUGACGGUGAUGAGUAUCGACCGCUACCUGGCCGUGGUGCAUCCCAUCCGCUCGUCAAGGUGGAGGCGACCACAGGUAGCCAAGGCCGUGAACGGUUCCGUGUGGGCAAUGUCCUUCAUAGUGGUUCUGCCGAUGGUGGUCUUCGCUGGUGUGUUUGAGAAAGGAGGGACAUGCAACAUCAACUGGCCGGAGUCGUGCACCAUCUGCCGCGCUGCAUUUAUCAUCUACACCUCCACUGUAGGGUUCUUCUUCCCCCUGCUGGUCAUCUGCAUGUGCUAUCUACUCAUCGUGGUAAAGAUCCGCAGCUCAAGCAAAAAGGUCCACGCCACUUCGAGCAAACGCCGCAAGUCUGAGCGCAAAGUCACCCGCAUGGUGGUGAUCGUGGUGGCCGUAUUCGUCUUCUGCUGGCUGCCAUUCUACGCCUUGAACAUCAUCAACUUGAUCGUGUUUCCUCCACCGAGUGAGCUGCAGUGCUUCUACUACUUUGUGGUGGUGCUGUCAUACGCCAACAGCUGCGCCAACCCCAUCGUCUACAGCUUCCUCUCCGACAACUUCAAACGAGGCUUCCGGAAGGCUCUGUGCCGCUCAUCCAGAAAGGUGGAGAAUCAUGAACCAGCAGAACAUCAGGAGCAGGAGGAGCGCAGGCAGAUACUGAUGCCCCGCGACCUGCGCAGAGCUGUCAGAGAAGAAGAUGAUGACGAUGAUGAUGAAGAAGACAGGGAGGAAGUUACGGAGAUGACCGAGAUCUGUAAGAUUACUCAGAAUGGGAACAGCAGCACACAGUGCGCUCGAGCUCUGCUCUCCGAGAGGCCGUUAGCAUCGGGGCUUUCAGAGCCAAGUUCUCCGAGAGGAGACGGGAAAGGACCUGGAUUCGGACCGAACUCAGCAUUGCUGAACGGUGUGAAAAACGGAAACGUAAAGCCGUUGCCAGAGGAACCAGUAGAAAAGAACACGUCGUUGGAGAUCAGCUACUUGUAAAAUCUGUAAUGUUUCUUUCCGCUAUUUUUGAUCUCCUGUAAUUCUGCCCGACUGGAACGCUGCCCAAAUUUGAGCUCAAACCCUGUGUGUCCUUAAUCAUGGUGUAAAUGUUGUAAUGUUCCUGUGACGUCUUAUUGUGAACAAAACAGUUUUAAAGGAAAACUCAAGAAUGUUCUUUCAGGUUCUCAGCUGCAUCAACAUCCUAUUCAGCCUGAAUAAACCCACCUCAGAUUCCCACUGAAACUCGAGGGAACUCAGUGAUUUACUGCUGACGGAGCUGCAUGACAUCAUGCAUGGGUCAGGACAUUAAAACUUGUAUAAAAUGAUGAAAGAACUCAUCGUGCAACACUGUCUGGUCGUCUGUCUUCAUGAUGGAGCACUUUGUGGUGGAGAUUUUUACAUCUGUGUGUUUCAGGAAGUUUCUCAGGAACAAUUUGAAUUCUCGAAGUGUAAAAUUUAGACACAAACAGAAAACAUUUUUUCUCCUAAUGUAUUUGUAAUCAGUGCUUUUAAGCUGUUUAAACCGUUGUAUGAAAUAAUGUUGAAAGGUUUGCGCACCCACAACACACUCAGAAGGUGUCGAUGCAUUCUUCAGACCAGCAGCUCUGACGGUCCUACAGGUUUUUAUUAAUGCACUCGUUCUGAUACGUCAUCGUUUCCAUAGUAACAGCGUGUUCACAGGGACAUGUACAGCUCCACAUGAACCAUAAUGUGAAGACCUGCCAUAGUGUAGUAAAUCAAAAACCUGUAAAUAGCGGCGGUAUAAGAGGAUUAAAGCGCCUCCUACUGUCUCUUUCAGGUCACUGACCCUAAAUAGGUCUGGAAGAUUUGUUCAAGUUUUGGAUUGUUGUCUUGUUGCAGGAAAAGUUCUUUAUUCUAUUCCUUCUGUUGUUUGUAGAUAAAUUGUGAGAGGUUUGUUAUUUUCUUAUUCAGACACAAUGGCUGGGGUGUGCAAACUUUUACUCUCAAACCCUCUGGUCAGUCACUUACAAUCAAAACUUCAUUUGGUCUUAGAUCUUAACAGCACCAGCAACACGUCGUGUCCAAGUGCCUCAAAUUACAAACCUACUGUUCACUGAUUCCAUCUACACAACAAGACACAUUCAAACACACACACACACACACACACACACACGCACAGAUGUUUUGUGAAGGAGCUGUAAAUUAGGUUCUUCUGAAUAUUCAGACACAUUGUAAAGUGUUCUUGAAUUACACUGAGGUUCACCAUAUACCCCACUGCCACCAUACACCACCUUCACCACCUUCACCCUCACUGAACACCUCCUCCACCAUGCACCAACUCUAUCUCCAUCAUACACCACUUACACUUACACCAACUUACACCAACACCAGCACCUGCACCUCAACCUUCACCUUAACUUUUACUUCAGCCUCCACCUACUCUACAACCUCUAACUACACCUUUACCUUCGUUCCACUAAACCAGGGGUGGCCAACCAGUCAGAGACCGAGAGCCACAUUUUUCACUGUGUUACCGCAAAGAGCCACAUCAUACA